AUGGCGUCAACUCAUCCCGCAGACCUCAAGGUAGACGAGAUCUACGACUAUAUCAUCAUCGGCGCCGGCAUCUCUGGCAUCAACACCGCAUACUACCUCCAAUCUCACGGCCCCAAAAACGCAAGCUACGCCAUCCUCGAAGGCCGUCCACGGAUGGGCGGGACGUGGGACCUCUUUCAGUACCCCGGCAUCCGCUCCGACUCGGACAUAUACACCUUUGGCUUCUCAUGGAACCCAUGGAAAGGCGAGAACCCCCUCGCGGGCGGCCCCGAAAUCUGCGCCUACCUCGAAGAAUCAGCCUCGGAGCACGGCAUCGACAGACACAUAAAAUACAACCACCAAGUCGCCUCCGCGGACUGGAACUCGGCAACAUGCCGAUGGAUCCUCAAGACCUCUGUGGCGGGAGGGAGUGAUGGGGAAAAGCAACAACAGACAAAGACAAUCGCCGCGAGAUUCGUCGUCCUCGGCACAGGAUACUACGACUACGAACAGCCCCUCGCCGCCGCGAUCCCCGGCAUCGACACCUUCCAAGGCCAACUUGUCCACCCGCAAUUCUGGCCAAAGGACCUAGACUACACCAACAAAAACGUCGUCAUCAUCGGCAGCGGCGCCACGGCCGUGACACUCCUCCCCAACAUCGCCACCGACGCUGCGCGCGUGACGAUGCUGCAGCGCAGCCCGACCUACAUCAUCGGCAUGCCCUCCCGUAAAGCCGGCCUGCAGCGCUUCAUGCUCUCCAUCCUGCCCAAAUCCGUCUCGAGCCGGAUUUUGCGCGUGCAGUACUUCAUGUUGUCGUAUUUCUUGUACUACUACUGCCAGUGGUUCCCCGGCUCCGCGCGCCGGUUCCUGCUGGGCGCGGCAAAGAAGCAGUUACCGCCGAAUAUCCCGCUCGAUCCGCACUUUAAGCCACGGUAUAACCCUUGGGAACAACGUCUUUGCGUGUGUCCGAAUUCAGACUUUUAUCAGGCGCUGAGGUCUGGUAAGGCGGACGUGGUGACGGAUACUAUCGAGGAGGUGACGGGCUCCGGCAUCGUACUGAAGUCGGGACGGGUUCUCCACCCAGACAUCAUCGUCACAGCGACAGGUCUAAAGAUCCGCUUCGCCGGCUCGAUCGCCCUCUCCGUAGACGGCCGGCGCGUCGAUCCCAACACUAAAUUCGCCUUCAAGGGAUGCAUGCUGCAGGACAUGCCGAACAUGGCCUACGUGUUCGGGUACGCCAACGCCUCGUGGACGCUCGGCGCGGAGGCGACGAGCUCGUUCUUGGUGAGGUUGUGGCGCGGGAUGGAGAAGAAGGGGUUGAGGUCGGUGACGCCGUUGCUCGAGGACCCGAAUAUGAAGCCGAACGCGAUGAUGCCGCUCAAGUCUACGUACGUGCGGAACGCGGCCAAGGUGUUUCCCAAGGCUGGGUCGGGGCGGUGGGCGCCGAGGAAGAAUUAUUUAAUGGAUCUGUGGACGGCUAUGACGAGUGAUGUGUUUGCUGGGAUGAAGGUGCAGUGA